UAGAAUUGCCACCCACCUUCACUCCAUCACCAUGUUCGCAGGCAACAACACCCGCGCCCAGACGUCGACCGCAACGCGGCGGCUUAUGAAGGAGUACCGCGAUCUCACGGCGGAUCCGAUCAACGACACGCUCACUGCCGGUCCAGUGUCCGAGGACAACAUGCUCGAGUGGGAGGCGUUGAUCCAGGGGCCCGAGGACACGCCUUAUGAAGGCGGCGUGUUCGCUGCUAAGCUUACGUUCCCGCCCGACUACCCGCUCAACCCUUUCAAGAUGGUGUUUGACCCGCCGCUGCUGCAUCCCAACAUCUACCCCAACGGCACGGUGUGCAUUUCGAUCCUCCACCCCCCCGGCGAUGACCCACUUCGGUAUGAAUCGGCAUCCGAGCGCUGGUCGCCAGUGCAGGGCGUGCGCAGUGUCCUCCUGUCUGUGCUAAGCAUGCUCGCCGAGCCCAACAUCGAGUCGGGCGCCGACGUCGAGUGCUGCAAGCUGUAUCGGGAGAACAAAGCCGAGUUUGAGCGCCGCGUCCGCGAGCAGGUCCGCAACCUCCUUGGCCUCUAGCUUCAUCCAUAGGGUAUCUAUGUAUUGUUAACAGCUUAGUCGUCCU